CACGUGUCGUUUCUGCUGAGUUGGCAGUGCUGGCUUUGUGGACGAGACUUCGCUGAGCGUUUUCGUCCAAGCCGUUUCAAAAUCCGCCGAACGUGGACUGCCUUACGUUCCCAAAAACGGAUUUGCGCCAUAAACAAGGCCAAAGGAUGUACCAUGCCCAGGGACCUGAAGUUAUUCUACUUCGCAUUUUUUCUUAUGCGUGGCAGAGCAAAAAAGAUCUUGGUUUUUAUGAUACGCAAUUCUUCAUGUAAGUUUGAUAACGUAACUAAUGUGUAUGUGUAGCUGUCACUCUUCGGCGAUCUUCCUGCGCUUUGUAGGGGGUUGUGCGGCGACGUGACUGGGUAGGCUUUUGAGAAGGUGUUCUGUAACUACCCGUCGUAGCC